AGGUAUCAUCCAUGAACAGCAAAAACAAGAAUAAUUAUGGACUCCAGCAGAUACUGAGACCGAUCCGGAGAGAGUCUAAAUUGAUGCAGAAGAUACAAACCUGCAUUAAGAAACUCGAAAGAUCUUCCUUCUGGUUGACAUUUUUGGAUCAGUUACAAACCCCUGAAAUAUUUGAUUGGUUUCUAAAAGCUGUGGGCUCAGAAGGAAAGAUGCAGAUAGUAAUAUAUGGCAUUGGUAGCAUAGAAUCGUACGAGCCUCCUCGAUUGCAGCUUAGUCUUGCAAUCUUAAUGAAAAGAAUGUUUAGUUGGAUUGGGGAGGUAGAAGUAUUUGAUCCAGUGAUCUGUCUGGCAGAAUCUAGGGUACUAGCAACUCUUGGUUGUUCUGUCCUAACAGUAAAUGAACAGGGUCGACGGCAAGCUUUAAGACCUACAAUGUUCUUCAUGCCACACUGCGAAGCUGAACUGUAUGACAAUCUUCUAGAGGCAAAUUGGAGGCCUGAUCUAUUGAAUAAUAUUAUCCUGUUUGGAAACAGUUUUGAGGCAUAUGAGCAAGACUUGUCAGUGUACAAAAACCUUAGAUUUGCUGAUUCUAGGAAGCAUGUCCUAGCAAUUAGGCAGUUCGUGAAAGAGUUUGGAAUUGAUUCUUCUUCAGAUGAUUUCUUUCGAGCCUUCCAUGGUUCAAGUUGGCAUUUCUUCAAUAUUGCUCCCGAUUUAGACCUAUGUGGUGUUAAACCAUGAACUCUUUCUUCGUUUUCUGGAUCAUAUGAACUUGAAUAUCUAUUUUGUAUUAACAUGUCGGAAAAGUUCUCUUCCUUUGUUUUCUGGAAUUAAAGCCUGUCAUCAAGCUUUCAACGUUUUUAUUUGUCAUGUCUGUUGGCUGAGAUGCUGCCUCAUCGCUCCAUGAUUGUUUCGUCAUGUGCAUGCCUAUAGACUCUUUAACGUGUCAAAAUGAUGAAUCUUCAAGAUUAAUAAAGAUUUUGGUUAUGUUGUA